CCGACCCGGAAGCACUUCACUGCAGCACCAAACAAGCGGAAGUGCCGUUCUCCAGUUUGUUUAGCUAGUCGCAAACCGAGUCGGUUGCAAGUUGGAUUAUUACUACAACAAUUAUUAUUCUCCUCCGUCGACAGUCGAUUUUAGGACAAACUAUGCGGGGCGACGGACGUUUGCAAUCGAACGUUAACGCGUCGAAUCCCCGUUAACCGGAGCUCAGCUGACGUCGUCGAGGCCAAGAGGCUGUGAACGUCUCCGUCCAGCGACGGUCGGUGAACGUGGAGGUUUCCUCCGCGAGCGGAACUGGUUCCAGAGACGAGGACGUGUGUGUUCAUCCGACGUCAGUUCCCUACCGGCAGCCACAGGUCGCGUCAUGCUGGUUAGCGGGGCGAGCCGUUAACGCGGACACCGGGGGCCGAGAGGUAGUUACAGGUGCGGGUUUGUUUUGUUUGAUGCUUCAGAAGAUUUAGCCGAAGAUAAAAGUGCAGCCAUGGACGACUUCAGCUCCAUCAGCCUGCUGUCUCUCGCGAUGUUGGUGGGAUGUUACGUGGCCGGGACGAUACCUUUAGCGGUCAACUUCUCAGAGGAAAAGCUGAAGCUGAUCACGGUGCUGGGGGCCGGGCUGCUGUGUGGGACCGCGCUGGCUGUGAUUAUCCCUGAGGGGGUCCACGCGCUCUAUGAAGACAUCCUGGAAGGCGCGCAUCACAACCACGGCCAGAUCGGCGUCGCCGAAGUGUCCGAGGUGAAGGGGGAAGCGGAGGCGGCCCUGAGCGCCGGCGGGAAACACGAGCACAGCCACGAGCAGCUCCACGCCUGCAUCGGCGUGUCUCUGGUCCUGGGCUUCGUGUUCAUGCUGCUGGUGGACCAGAUCGGCAGCUCUCACGUGCACAGCGUCGAGGUUUUGGAUCCUGAGUCGGCGAGAAUCAACUCUAAAAUCACCACCACCCUGGGCCUGGUGGUCCACGCCGCAGCUGACGGCGUGGCUCUGGGAGCCGCCGCCUCCACCUCGCAGACCAGCGUCCAGCUCAUCGUCUUCGUCGCCAUCAUGCUGCAUAAGGCCCCCGCGGCGUUCGGCCUGGUGUCGUUCCUGAUGCACGCCGGUCUGGAGAGGAACCGGAUCCGCAGACACCUCCUGGUCUUCGCCCUGGCGGCGCCCGUCCUCGCCAUGCUGACCUUUCUAGGCCUCAGUCAGAGCAGCAAGGAGGCCCUGUCACACUUCAACGCCACUGGCGUCGCCAUGCUCUUCUCCGCCGGCACCUUCCUCUACGUGGCCACCGUCCACGUCCUCCCAGAGGUCGGGGGCGGCGGCGGCCACAGCCACGGCGGGAAAGGACUGAGCAAGGUGGAGGUGGGAGUGCUGGUGCUGGGCUGCCUCAUUCCUCUGGUGCUCUCUGUGGGACACCACCACUAGACCCAGACCUGCAGGACGGAUUUAAGGCGGGUGUACUGGGGGGGCGGAGACUUCAAACUUUGUGGUUCUUCGUGGUCCGCCGAUGGCCCUCGUGGACCAGACCGGUGCCCGUUGCGUCUCGUGACUAAAAAACCUUGAAAUAGGGAAUGAAUGAGGGGAGGGAAAUCAGAGACGACGGAGAAAACACCUUCCAGUUGCUGACGCGUCCUUUUUAUUCCACCAGAACCCCCAUUUUUCUUUCUCGGCGACACCAGAAGUGGACCCAGUUUGUUUUCAGUCAAAGAACCGACCAUCCCGGUGAUGUUUUACUAGAUUUACUCGUUGCUCGGAGAGAUUUAGAUUCGAUUAAGCCGGCGAUAUCAAGAACUUUUCUCUCUUUUUUCCCCCCCCCCCCCUUCCUUUAAAAAAAAAAAAUUUGUCCAGAGUUUAAAUCUCUGCAACACUUGCGAUAGAUGAGAGGUGAUUUUCAAGUGCCAUGCCAUCGAGACGGAAGCGAUACCCGAAGAGGCGGCGCCACAAGGACGUUGCCAUGGUGAUGGAAUGGGAACGCUACGCAUAAAAGUCCUGCUAAAGUGAUUUGAAUGGGAACGUCCCUCCUCCUCCUCCUCCUUCUUCUACUUCGUCAACGUUCCCGACUUACUUUCUUCCCAAAGAAGAACUUUUUUCUCGCAGCCAACCGACGGAGGUCGUCUCCAGUAAACACCCGGAUGCUCGUCGCAACGUUUUUCUUUUUUUUUUCGUCGAGUUUCCUGGACGUGCUUUAUUUUUGUUCCCUUUUUUAUACUUUGAGAGUAAUUAUGAAUAAAGGUUGAAAGGGGAAAAAAGUAUCUGUAUAGAAUUGUCUUAAAGUGAUUGUAUAGCGUGUCGUUAAGAGCUGGAGGGAUAUUUCAGCCGCUCUGAUGAAUGAAUGAACAGGGCAGGGACCGUCGGCUCAGGAGAACAGACCCGGAGAGGACACUUUUUUUUACUCCUCAUUAAUUCUUCAUACAUGGACAAUAAUCAUAUGCAUGAAAAUGGGGGGAAUUGCACUUUUUUUUCAGCAGUGCAGCAAAGUUAGAAAUGGCUUCAUAGGAUUCGGCUGGAUAUUUUAAUCAUCUAUUAACCUGUUGAUUAUUUCCACGUUUGAUCGGUCGGUUUCCAAGAGUGCAAAGUGACGUCCUCAAAUGUUUUGCUUCAUUAAACCCACAGUCCAAAAACUCCCAAAUGUAUCGAGGUUACUAUCCGAGGAUGAAGGAAUCUCAGAGGCUUCGACUCUCGAGUUUUGCUUUUAAAUUACUCACGUGAUUAAUUAAUUAUCAAAAUGGUUGCAGAUACAUUUUCUGUGGAUCAAUCCAUUGCUGUUUGCAUGAUUUUGUUUUUGAGGAAUAUUUCCUCCUGAAGUCCCUGUAAAGAAUAGUGCACAAUUCUCUAUGAGAUAAAUAUAUUUGACAAAAUACAAAAACAAUCAAAGUUUAGGAAAAAAUUAUCCCUAGUUAUUAUAAUUAUUAUUAUUAAGAGCUAAACUCUUAACACUUUUUCCCCACUGACACCAAAACUGUUCUCAUAAGAAGCUGAUAUAGAGAAAAAAGUGUUUUUAAGGUCUUUAAAGGUCUUUAGUGGUUGUCUCAAUACUUCUGGAGUAUGAGGAAAUAACGGGUUAAGGUUAUAACAAAUAAAGUCCGUUAAGUCCACACUU